CAUCUCUUUCUGUUUAUAAUUCGACCUCCUGCUUAAAUUAAAUUGUAAGGAUAUAUUAUCAGAAAACUAAAGGAAGAUACCUAUUGAAGGGAGGUGAAGGAGCGAAUAGAAAAGACUCAUGACUACUUUGUCAAAGAUUCUAUGUGUGUUGAUCAUUCUUCUUUUAUGUUUCUCCUUUCGAUAUUCACUUCAUGAUGGGAAUCAACAAUCAAGCGGUGACUUCGUUUCAACUGCUAAGGCGACUGAAUAUGGUGAUGUAAUGAAGAAGAUCAUAGGAGGAAGAAAACUGAUGAUGAUGACAAAUGGAGAAGAAGAAGAAGAAGAAACAACACUGAAGAGAGGAGCUGGAGAGACAGAGAGAAACUCGAGCAAAAGUGUUGAAGAGGAUGGUCUCGUUGCUUACACUGCUGAUUAUUGGAGAGCUAAGCAUCAUCCUCCCAAGAACAACUAAUUCUAGAAUAAUAAUAAUAAUAGACAUGCCGGCUUCUACAUAUAAAAAAAUCUUUCUAGAUAUAUAACCUUAUAGUUUAAAGCCAAUAUGUUUGUUUUAUGGUGUGUUUAAUUUGCUUUUGUAGUUUUUUUUUUAUUACGGUGUAACGGCUUAUUUAAUGGUUUACAUGUAAACCAAAAUUUUGAACCUUUGUAGCUUUCGUAUGUAUAUGAAUUAUGACUU